GGUCAUAUUAGCAUCGCUAGCAGACGACGUUCACAGGGGCUCGGUUUUGUGAUUGACAUCACUGAAAAACCACAACACUUUAAAAGGUUAGCAACACGUGCGGUAAAACCAUCCAAUAAAGAUGUUAUUUCCCUUUGACAAGGAAUGGUACGGCAGACAUUAUCAACAUGCAUAGUAAAACAGGCGUCACGAUUGUAUGAUCGGCAAAAGCUAUCAGACGGGAGCGAGAAGAUAUGCAUCAGUGAUUCAGUUGCUUACCUUACUUGAUGAACGUGUUAAUGCAUGUGUUACGGUGAUUUCCCGUUGAAUAUUUGCCAGACCUGUUCUGACAUAUGGUGUUAGGGUACUUAUGAGUAACGGAAAACACUGGCCGUACUGACCAACAGAACUGAAGUGGACCGAUGAUAUAGUUGACUGCAUAUAAAGUAAAUGACCAUAUUAGAACACAUACCAUAGUUAAAAAGGUAUCGAUAUAUCACAGUUGGAUUUGCUAUCUUGUAUAAGUUCAAAUUCUUCUGUGUGAUUAUGGAAGGGAGAAACGAUAUAUACAGCGGGAACGAGAUUGCGGACGACGUGGAUUUGAUGGAGCGCUGUCCACUUACAAUGACAGAUACCAGGCUCAGCCUUCCUCCCACGUAUACAGACGUGGUUGGGAGCGGGACGUCGGCUAUGGUCGACCUCCGGGAUCAUCAUUCUGACGUAAGUAGUGCGUCUACUGAGGAAGCCAGUCUGCCGACCAAAAGUAGCGACUUGUCAACCACACCCCUGGAAUACAGGAUCAGUGAUAAUCCACCGAUUCACCUUACUAUUGUCUUCGCCUUCCAGCAAGCACUCCUGGCGUUCGCCACUCAGUUGGUCAUUUCUCUACUCGUGGCUCAAGUUGUGAAUGGUGAACAUGACCCUGAAUUUCGCGGCAUUCUCCUCGGCUCAACAAUGUUCAUGUGCGGCUUAACAACCUUUCUUAUGUCCUUAUUUGGUGUCAGAUUGCCUAUGCUGCAAGGCGCGGCCGCAGAAUAUAUUGUACCACUGCUAGUUUUACAGGACGCCAAGCAAGACAAAUGUGAUGUUACUACGACAACUGACACUCCGCUGAUAAAUAGUACCGGUGCGUACGUAGACGUGGCAAGUCGAUUGUUUAGUUCCAAUGAUUCGACGGACACCUUAAUGUCCAACAUCACAACAUUGGCUGACGGAGUAAUUCCUCGCGACUAUCAGGCUGCUGACUAUGAUAAACUGCAGGGGAUGAUGGGAAGUCUCAUGAUCGCUGGAACAGUCCACUUUCUGAUGGGUGCGACAGGACUAGUGGGCAUCUUGCUCAGGUUCGUCGGUCCCAUCACUGUCGUACCCACCCUCCUUUUGGUCGGCUUCCGGAUGGCAUUGAUGGUCGCCGACUUAAUUUCUGUGCACUGGGGAAUAGGUAUCAUGACAGCUGCUAGUGCCGUUAUCCUGUCGUUGUAUCUGGGAAGAUGGAAGAUGCCGCUACCCUUUUGGUCAAGAUCUAAAGGUUUCCAUAUAAUACGUUCUACUUUACAUCAAACAGCAGGGAUUCUGAUUGCCCUAUUAUCUGGCUGGGCGCUGUGUGGCAUACUUACGCAAUAUGGCGCCUUCUCCGACGAUCCGAAGGCGCCCGACUACUACGCUAGGACGGAUUUUAUGCCAGGUGUAAUACAGAAUGCCAGAUGGGUUUACCUCCCUUACCCAGGACAGUUUGGUAUGCCGUCAUUUAGCGCAAGGGCAAUGAUCGGGUUCCUAAUUGCAACGUUGCUUUCCAUCCUGGACUCAAUCGGCGAUUACUACGCAUGCGCAAUGGCUUGUAACGUACCGCCCCCUCCUGCCCACGCGGUAAAUAGAGGAAUCGCUGUGGAAGGGUUAUGUUCUUUUCUCUCCGGGACACUGGGGUGUGGACAUGCGACGGGUACAUACGGAGGGAAUAUCGGGGCCAUACGCAUCACAAAGCGCGUGGAGAGUCUAAAUGUGGGAGGAAACCGGAGUACCCGGAGAAAACCUGCGAGAUCGGACAGGUGACACCAUACCUUUUCAUGUACGAUCGGGGAAUCGAACCGCGGUAGCCUUGGUGAAAGACAAGUGUCCACUGCAUCACCCGACCACCCAUUCCUUCACGUGAACCUCUCGUCAUUGACAUUUUAUGAAUGACUUUUCGUCAUUUGACAACUACUAGCAAAGGAAUUAUGUGU